AUGGCCAAAGCUUUUGAAGAUUCCAAAAUGGCAGAGAAAUUUGAAUCAGUGCAACUUUCACAUCAAACCAUACAAAGAAGGGUUGUUGCUAUGGGUGAGCAAGUAGAAAACUCUAUGCUUAGCCUGGUUAAAAAAAGUUUUUAUUUCUCACUUUGUCUGGAUGAAAGCACUGAUCAAUCAGAUGUUAGUCAGCUGUUGAUAUUCGUGCGCAUUACUUUUGAAGAUUUUACUAGUAAAGAGGAGCUAUUUGAUAUUUGUCCUCUUUAUGGAACAACAAAAGGAAAAGACGUCUAUGAGGCUCUGAAGAAAACAGUUGACAGAAUUGGAGGCUUUAAAAAAUGUUCAGCCAUAGCAACAGACGGGGCCCCAUCAAUGACUGGUAAAAAAACUGGAUUAGUGGGUCUGCUUCGAGAGAAUGGUGUUACUUUUCCGACAAUACAUUGUAUUAUACAUCAGGGAGCUUAUGUGGAAAAUCAGUCAAGCAGGGUCAAGUUUUUCAGACCAUGA